UUUGUUAGAUUCUCUAAGCACUCAAACGUUUGUUCUCUUGUCUUGUCUACUUUCAUGGCAAUGGCUGCUAUUGCUUCCAUUACCUCAAUCAACACUACUCACAAUCACAAUCACCACACUUCUUUAAUCUUUGCACCAAAACAACAUCAAAAUAAAACCAGAAUCCAUAGAUUUCGAUGCAAUGGAACAGACCAAAAGCAAGAGUCUCAACCACAGAACAAUGCUUUUCUUAAAGUAGCAUGGUAUAGUUCUGAGCUUCUAGGCAUUGCUGCUUCUGCUUUCCGUUCUUCACCUGAUGAAGAAGAAGCUUCUCCUCAGAGACUUCUUGAAACUGUUGAUCGUGUCUCUGUUGUGGAUACAAUCAAACAAGACUUUCAAAGAUCUUAUUUUGUCACAGGAGAUCUCACAUUGAAUGCAUAUGAAGACGACUGUGAAUUUGCGGAUCCAGCAGGGUCUUUUAAAGGACUUCAGCGUUUCAAAAGGAACUGCACUAAUUUUGGAUCCCUUUUGGAGAAGUCAAAUAUGAAUCUUAUGAAGUGGGAAGAUUUUGAGGAUAAAGGAAUCGGUCACUGGCGAUUCAGCUGUGUCUUGUCCUUUCCUUGGAGGCCUAUUCUAUCUGCUACUGGAUACACAGAAUAUUAUUUUGAUGCACAAUCAGGAAAAGUAUGCAGGCAUGUGGAGCAUUGGAAUGUUCCGAAAAUGGCUUUGUUUAAGCAAAUUUUAAGGCCUAGUAGGGGUUUCGGCUUAAAAGAUUAUGUGACUAAGUGGUUGAAAUUUGUUCAGGUGAAUCGUUAAAUUACAACAAUUUUUUUAACAAUGUCGAACAUUACAUUAUACACACCUAACUAUGUGAUAUUGGUGUGAACUAGUUUAAGAAGUGUGUAGUAGGGAACACUUGUAUAUAUGUAUUGUAGUAUACCAGAUUAGUUAGGUCUGCAAUGUAGUUUUGUUAACAGAGAAAGAAAUAAUGUUUUUUCUUCUUGUAAAUAUGUUAUGAAUAAUUUUAUAGCCUGUUUUCAUAAA